UGACAUGGUGCCGAAGACUAUAGCUGGCAAGAUUUUUGGUUCAAUAUGUUCCCUUAGUGGGGUCUUAGUCAUCGCUCUGCCAGUUCCUGUAAUUGUCUCCAACUUCAGCCGUAUCUACCACCAGAAUCAACGAGCAGACAAGCGCAGGGCACAAAAGAAAGCCAGACUUGCUCGAAUUCGUGCAGCAAAGAGUGGGAGUGCUAAUGCCUACAUGCAGAGCAAACGAAAUGGCCUACUGAGUAACCAGCUGCAGCAGUCCUCCAACGAGGAAGAACAGGCCUUUGUUAGCAAAUCUGGCUCUUCCUUUGAAACGCAGCACCACCACCUGCUUCACUGCCUGGAAAAAACUACGAACCAUGAGUUUGUGGAUGAGCAAGUCUACGAAGAGAGCUGUAUGGAGGUUUCCACAGUCAAUAGACCCCCAAGCCACAGCCCCUCUCUCUCGUCUCAACAAGGUGUUACCAGCACUUGCUGCUCACGAAGACAUAAAAAGACUUACCGCAUCCCAAACACCACCAUCACUGGCAGCCGUCCAGGCAGCGUACAAGAGCUCAGCACCAUCCAGAUCAGAUGCGUGGAGAGGACGCCUCUGUCUAACAGCCGUUCCAGCUUAAACGCCAAAGUGGAAGAGUGCGUUAAACUAAACUGUGAGCAGCCUUACGUCACUACAGCAAUAAUUAGCAUCCCGACACCUCCAGUCACCACACCCGAAGGAGAUGAUAGGCCAGAGUCUCCCGAGUACUCGGGAGGAAACAUUGUCAGAGUAUCUGCUUUAUAAAAGAAGGAAUUAUUUAUAAAUUAGCAUAAAGACCACUUGCAAGCUGAGCUCGAGCAGUGAGAAACGAGUCGCGAGGAACGAGAGAGCUGACAAAGACAACGCCCCUUGAUGUGUGCGCCAGCGGCCGCAGAGCGAGAGGUUCGGGAGAAACAAAACGCUUUGUGGGUUUCAGUGUCGUAGCGCGUGAACCGAAAGGAGUUCCAUACCCCUUGUCGGAGCUGACGCGCGGUGGAAUCUUCUGUGACCAUCCCGACUUACUAUAUGAGCACAAUGAAAUGUCCCCAUUGAUGCUUCUUCUUAUCAUGAGAGCUCUUUUUAGAAAAAAAAAAAAAAAAAAAAAAAAAGAAAAG